AUGAAAACUCGGCAUCUUAUUUUAUUUUUGCUCCUCUGCUGGAGUACAAGUGCCGAAUUGUUCAGCGUGAUAGCAGGUAAACUGAUCAAGAGAUACGACCGCGCAAAAGGGAUUGUUUCUUCAGGAGCUGUGAUUGCAAUAUCGGGUGGUGCAUUCUGGACAUUGAGAGACCGGUUAAAAUGUCAUUUGUAUGAAUGUUGUAACGAACCAGAUAUGAAGUUCAAUUAUCAUGGUAAGUUCAGCCAAUUUCACUGAAAAAAAAACAUAUUGAUACGACAGCUUUGGACGCUGACCUUGCGAACAUGUUAUACGGACAGCAUCUUGUGAAAGACGUCGUUGUUAAUGCUAUCAAAUCUCAUUGGUUCAAUGAGAAUCCUCGCAAACCGCUUGUUCUUUCUUUUCACGGAUACACUGGCUCUGGAAAGAACUACGUUGCCGAAAUCAUCGCCAAUAACACAUUCAGGUCAGUUAGUCUAGAUACCUAAAGCGGGAUUCAAUAAUUCUUCUACAGACUUGGCUUGCGGAGUAAUUUUGUGCAGCACAUUGUGGCAACGAAUGAUUUCCCGGAUAAGAACAAGAUUAAAGACUAUCAGAUGGAACUGCGGAAUCGUAUUCUGACAACUGCGCAGAAAUGCGGGCGGUCCAUGUUCAUUUUCGAUGAAACGGACAAGCUGCCGGAGCAGUUGCUCGGAGCCAUCAAACCGUUCCUCGAUUACUACUCCACUGUGUCUGGCGUGGAUUUUCGGAGAAAUAUCUUCAUUUUUCUGAGCAACAAAGGCGGUGAAAGGAUCGCCAAUAUCACCCUGAAGCAGUAUCAGAACGGAUAUCCUCGCGAGCAAUUGAAGCUUGAGUCGUUCGAAAGAGAUCUAAUGUUAUUUUCGUUCAACGAAAAAGGCGGUCUCCAGAUGAGCGAACUCAUAUCCAAUCACCUUAUCGACCACUUCAUUCCAUUCCUUCCACUGCAAAGGGAACACGUCAAAAAGUGUGCGGAAGCGUAUCUCCGCAAGCGUGGACGUUCUGAUCUCGUUUCGGACGUCGCACUUGUUGAACGCGUUCUCAAUGCUCUUCAGUACUUCCCCGAGUCUUCGAAGGCUUUUUCAUCUUCCGGGUGCAAACGGGUCGAUGCGAAGACGGAUCUCGAGAUGGCCAAAAUGCGACCGCUUGCCGGUCAACGACAGUACGACGACGAACUCUAA